UUUCAGUACCAAAAGUGGCAACCUCAAGCUACACUCGGGCUUACCAUGUGGCGUUGCUUAGGGAUUCCCUGCAGCACUUACCUUUUCCUUCGCUCCCGCGCUGCGUCCCCUGCAGCGUCCCCGGCCAUCUCCUCCGGCCAAUGCAUGCAUCCGGCUUCUGUGUUCCGGUCUCUGUGAGCAUCGGGACGUACGGGCGCCGGAACGGACGGCAAAUUUUAAAAUUUUAAAAACUGUAAUUUUUCAUUUCACAUACAUUUUGUCCCCGAGUGCUUUGUCCUGUGCCCUGCCUGCAUUUUGACUGUUCUUUCUG